CAUUUUCGUUGGUCCCCUAUUUAAGCGUUUAUUCCAUGAAAAUUAACUGAUAAAUAAUGCUGAUGAUAACAGCUGUUAUCUAACUGCCCGAUGCCCGGCUUGUUUACGUCCUGUGGUGAUAAAUAUAUUAUUAUUACGUACCAUACGAACCGCAGUCCGCAAAGCUCAAUCGUAUUGAACUUUGUUUACUAUAUUUUCAUAAAACAAUUCAAUUCACAUUUCUCAUCUUCACAGGCUUCGCUAUCGUAAGUCGGUGCAUCAAUUUGGUUAUCUACUUAUAGUCAAGUCAAGAAUAAUCAAUAUGGAUAAAGUAGUUGCUCCUGAAAAUGAUUCUUCAAUAGUUUUACAACUCGUGGAAGUAUUUGGAGACAUUAGAACAUUACGUUGUGAAAUGAAAAUGUUAACUCCGUUCAGUAAAUUAUUUAGAGGUUAUUGUAGACACACUGGAAUAACAUUUGAUAUAUUGAGAUUUCGCUUUAAUGGAGAUAUGAUUGGAGAAAACGAGACCCCGGCUUCAAUCAACCUUUCUAACGAGGAUACUAUUGAAAUCUACAUGUCAUUGAUAGAUCCUUGGAGACGGGAGAACCAAUGCCGAAUCUCUGCGCGCCGUCAGGGAUAGGGAAGCCUAUCGACUUUGAGGCUAUGGGAACGCUCGUCAAGUCAAUGAGAAAGACCUUCAAAGGCGACUCGUCGAGCUCACCAGCUAAGCCCACGGCGGCCACCUCCGUUAUCCUCUACAGAUUGGCGGACAAGAUCGUCGGAUCCGUCGUUACCAGGCUCCGAAUCACAUGAAAAAUGUUUUAUAUUUUACUUUUAAUUAAAUUAAAUUACUAAUUACUCUCAAUUAAAAUGUUUAAUUUUAAUAAUAAUAAUAAUAGUAAUAGUCUAAGCUAACUUAGUAACAAGAUUAGAUGUUAUAAACAAAUACAAGGUAUACAACAUCUCCUCUUUUUUAAAAAAAAUUAUAUAAUUUUAAAUCAAAUUAAUUAUUCGAAUUGAUAAUAAGUAUAACCAAUUGUUAAGAUAAUAUAAACACUAAGAUUAUAAGUGACAAAAUGAAUACACGAGUUUACAAAUAAUCAAAUGAGUUAUACUUUAACAAAUAAUGAAUACUUAUAUGUUUACACCCGACAAUGGGGACGUAACACCCGAAGGACCACUCGGGAGUGCCCGAGAACAAUGUUGUUUUUACUUUAUGGUGUCGAUUGGCACGUUUACCUGCACGCCCGGUUUGGGGGUGGAUAGGCAACUUAAUCAGCGCACGGCGACAGGAGGGAUUGAAUAAUCGAUGUUUUAGGAUUUUGGAAAGUGCCGUUUGUAUAAGGGAGGUCUCUGUGGUUAAGCCAAUGGGGCCACAGAGUUCACAUAAAAUACUACACAACUUAAAAUUAACUUAAAAUCUAAGACCGGUUGGUGGUGAUGGACAGCUGGCAGAUGUGGAGAUUCCGUUGCUACUUGACGACCUAGGCGGCCUCUCACACACAGCGUGCUGGCGGACUUACGCAGACGUGGAUAUCGCCAUGGAUGAUAGCUUUGUGCCAAUAUCCGUCACACCGCUGAUCCAAGUCAGCCCACAGGAUAAUAAUAAUAAUAGAGAAAAAAGAUCUGACUCACGGUUUAUUUACUGGUAACGCCACAUGUUUAUUUUAAUAAUAAUAAUAGGUAGGCAUAUGAAUGAUUCCGUUACAAUAACGGCGACAGGUUACAAGUAUUGUCGCACUGACAACACAAAAUAAUAAUUUCUGGUCACAUUGACCGCACAGUUGAUUAUACAAUAAUCAUAAUAAUAAUAGAAUUUGUUGUGUGUCUCGAACAACUAAAAAACACAGAGACAAAUAAAAAAUGACAAUAAUAAUAAUUUUAUAAGCUACGUUAACGGAGACGACAGAUUUUUAAUAACGAACAACUCAAUGAUAACAAAAACAAAACAAAAACAAGGGCGUUGGCCGCAACAAGUGAU